UUUCGAAAUUGUUGCUUCGCAUAAUGUUGAGAAACGAACGUUCAAACAAGAACACGCACAGUAUCCAAACGGCACAAACUCGACUGAUGUGAUAGCUUCUAACCAUUUAGACGUAAUAAGUAUCAAUAGAAAAACGUAACGUGCAGCAACAGGGAACAAGAAUAAUUCCUGUCGACGAAUAAUUAAGUUCAAGCGGCGAGUGCACAGGUUUUGCAGCAGGAUAUUUGUGCCAUCAAAGUUUUCAAGCACCGAAAACAACAGCAACAUGGUCAACAUCAAGUAUGAACGAGUGAAGCAAACGACCGAUCAAGAGGUUGCGGCAGACGAAGAAAUUGAGCUCGAAACGAACAGGAGAGGGUCUGAUCAUCGGCACCCGGAUGCGUUGCACAGUCACAGUCAGUAUCACCAAAGUAACAACCUACACUCCAGCUACGGGCACCACAGUCAGUACAUCGUCGCAACGACAGCCGGUGGCAAUAAGGCCUACGGCGAUGGUGACACGCGCUCCAAAACGAAAAAUGCAUUUGCAAACCGGAUUGUCGUAACGCUCGUGCUAAUCGUUUGCUACUUUUCGCUUUCAAUUGGGCUCACCUUUUACCAGCGGCAUCUGCUGCAGCACUUUAAACUACCACUGUUUGUGGUACUUUACCAUUUGGUAAUAAAAUUGCUGCUGUCGGCAGCUGUGCGUGCGGUACUGCGGUGUGUGACGAGAAAACCGCGCAUCUUGCUCGACUGGCGAACGUCCGUGCGGAAAAUCUUGCCAACCGGUUUGGCAAGCGGUAUUGAUAUUAGCUUCUCCAACUGGGGUCUGGAACUGGUGAAAAUAUCAUUGUACACAAUGACCAAAUCCACUACAAUCGUCUUCAUAUUGAUAUUUGCCAUACUGCUGAAGCUCGAGAAGAAGAGUUGGUCGCUGGCGGCUAUUGUUGUCAUGAUCUCUGGAGGUCUCUUCAUGUUCACGUACAAAUCGACCCAGUUCGAUGCGCUCGGAUUUUCGUUCCUGCUGUUUGCAUCGCUUUCGAGUGGUAUCCGUUGGACGUUCGCCCAGCUCAUCAUGCAAAAGUCGAAGCUGGGUCUGCACAACCCGAUCGAUAUGAUAUUUCACAUGCAACCGUGGAUGAUACUGUCCGUUCUACCGUUCACCAUCGGGUUUGAAGGACGAAAGUUAAUUGAAGGUUACCAUAUGGUACAGCUCGUGCCAUCGAGUGUUGUGGUGGAUAUGUGGUUAAAAAUUUCCCUCGGUGCAUUCAUUGCGUUUGCCAUGGAGGUGAGCGAGUUUAUGGUCCUUACCAACACCUCUAGUCUCACACUGUCCGUAGCGGGUAUAUUUAAGGAAAUUUGUCAACUGGUACUAGCUGUCGAGUUGAACGACGAACAUCUCAGCAUGGUCAACGUGCUCGGAUUAGUCAUGUGCCUUGGCGGUAUCUGUUGCCAUGUGGUACACAAAUUCCUGACAUAUCGCGACGAAACGGCGAAAUCAUCGCUCGAUAAGUCGGUCGGCGGCUACAUCGAGGAUCAUGACGACGAGGACGACGAAAUGCGACCAUCUGGUCCGCUGGGAAUGGGAAGCAGCAAAAAUGGUGUGCUAAAGUUUGGAAAUGGAGGCGCCGGCAGUGAUACCGGUGGUACGGGAACACGAUUCAAGAGUGGCCAGUACCGACCGUUACUGGUGAACGAGACGCGCGAUGCAGACGAUUCGGACCAUCUGGUGGUGGAGAACCGUAACUAUCUGUCGGACGAUAGUGAGCAGGAAGAGAGCGGUACGCAGGACGUAUUGUUCGAUAUACUUAAACGCCGUGAGCGAUAGUCAUUCCAACGGACAGUAAUGGGUCCCUUAUGUAAAGCAGGCCACAGGAAGUUGUUGAGAUGUUUAUUAGUUUUGUUUUUGAUUAGCUUUAUAUUGUAAUUUACCUGCCUAAACGAGAGUAUGAUGCAGCCCAGCAGUGUUCCAGCAGCUGACUGAGCAUCGCCGUUCCUAGCAGAUAUUAUUCCAGUCAUUUGCAUUGCAUACUGUACAGUAUACUUAAUUUCGUGUUGAAGCAUACCUUUUCUAUGCCAUAUGUAAAUGUAUAGAAACGCCGAUUUUAAUCACCAUUUAUUACCAUUAACGCUUGUGGGUCAGCAUUUAACGGUUAAACUAUAUGUGAUGUAUGUUUUCUUAAGUAGGCAAAAUUAACAUAGCAAAGCGAUAAAGUAAGAUUUUGAGUAAGAUUUGAGCAAGUUUUGUUGAACGACUGAAGCUUAUUUGUGCAACCUACUGUAACGUUGCGUACCCACUUAUAUAUUAACGUACCUUCGCACUUUUACCGUUGUUAGUAAAUGAAAAUUAUCCCAGUCCAGACGAAUUAUUGUUUCCCUUGAUGUGUAUAAAAUGAGCAACAGAACAGAAUAAUCCCGCCGGAUGUAUUGAUGUAGAGAACAGUUUAUUUUUUAACCGCAUACUUACAUACCACUUACCUCCUACGACCAGAUGAAUGGAGCUUAAACCAACCAAAUUAAAAGAUAGUAAUCGAUUCUUCUUAUAAAAAGGCACCAAAUUUCGGAAGUUUACGGCUGUUUUGUGUUAGUCUAAUAUCGUUGGCGUAAAAGAGAAACUUCAAGUAGGCAACCGGAUACCCGGGUAUUUUUUCAACUUUAAACUGCAAUUACUUUUGAUUCAUUGCUUGUAUUGACCUGGAAAUUUCAGUAGCCUUCCAACUUUUUAUUUCCGAUUUUUUGGUUUAUAUAUUGCAACAAGCAGCUAGUAUUUUAUUUUCAUUUAUUUUAAACUUUACCACGUAAGUUGGCAACCAGCAUACCCGGGUAUUCCAUACAUUUUGUAUGGAGCAUCACGUUUCUCUUCUGCUUGUUUUCCUAUUGUGCUUAUUUUCGAGUCAAAUUCAAUGGAUUUAAAAUUUAAAAUAAACCGUCAGUUUUAUCAUAACAUAAAAAAACAUAAGGAAUGAAUCAAAUAGAUUUUAGAUAUGCAAAAUACAAACCAGCUGUUUUCAGAUUUCCGAUACCAGGAGAGCAUGUUUUAAGAGUGUGGAAGCGGUUGUUAUUAGCUGCCAAUAAAUUGAUAAAUGAAAGCUGAUAAUGUCUGUGGUUCUAUUCGUGAGUUUUUUUUAUUUUAAGA